AAAUUAUAAAAAUGGUAGCUAUUCUAUAUACAAUCAUAUUAUUUAUUGUGAAUGCAGUGGUUGCGAUUGUUGGAUUAGCAUUGGUUAUAAACGGUGGUUUAAUGGCAUGGUCUAAAAAUGUACCAUCACAAACAUUUGGUGAUGUAUGGGAUGAUUUCUUCAAUAAGACAGAGUUUUCAAAUACAACAUCUAUUACAAAAAGUAUUAGUGAUGCUGUAAUGAAUAUUAGUAGUCAUUACAGUAUAUCAAUAUUUAUUAUCGGUUUGGUUAUUCUAUGCAUAUGUGUGGCUGGUAUACUCGGUGUAUGUUGUAAGAGUUCACUAUGCUUAAAAAUUUAUAUGGCUGUCAUCUUCCUUGUUAUACUGGCACACAUUAUCACACUGGCAGUCUACUUUACAACGAAACAAUCGCCUGAGAAAUUCUUUGUCGAUUUUAUGAAUUCUUCAAUGUAUGAGUAUAAGAGUCUCAGUAGUGGUGAUCCAACCAGUGUUCUUAUGGGUCUUGCUAUGAUUAAAUUUAAUUGUUGUGGUGUUAACAAUGGAACUGAUUUUAAGUUGUCGAAGGUGUUUGUCAAAAAAGACACUUGGAAUCAUAAAACAUAUAAAGUGGAAUAUCCAAUUCCAUGUUGUAAAUUUAAAGCGGAUCUGGAAAUUCUGUCAGAUACAUGCCCUAAAAAUUUCAACGAUGAGAACAGUAAUGUGAAUACUGGUUGCCUGAAACCGAUACACACUUAUGUGUUUCGUUAUAUUGAUACAGCCGCCUACAUUUCAAUUAUAAUCCUUUUAUGUGAGGUCAUAAUAUUUUUGAUGGCUGGUAUGAUAUAUAAAGAGAACAAUUGAAUAACAGACUGUCUAUUGCUUCUUUUGUUCUUCAGAAUUGUUUAUUAUAUUGACACAUAAUCACGACAUUUUCAUUAUCGGGUCUUUCACUACAGAUUACACAUCCUAACUAUGUUGUCCUUCUGUACUAAAUUCAAUACACAUAUGUUUUUGUACGCGUGUGCCCAUUUGUGAGUGUGUGUGUCUGUCAGCAGAUUUUUCC